AUGUCUACACGCCUCCUCCUCUGUUUUCUUUUCUUCCUCUCAUCCUCUCAGCUCUCUUUCUCUAAUUCCACCCAACUGUGCCCGCGUCACCAGACUCUUGCUCUGCUCCACCUUAAGCAAUCAUUCUCUAUCAACAAUUCCAGUUCUUCGGAUUGCCAUUACUAUGGUGUCACAUCUUAUCCCAAAACAGAGUCUUGGAAAAAGGGUAGUGAUUGCUGCUCAUGGGAUGGGGUCACAUGUGAUUGGGUGACAGGCCAUGUAAUUGAGCUGGACCUCAGUUGCAGCUGGCUCUUUGGUACCAUCCAUUCCAACACUACCCUCUUCCUCCUUCCUCAUCUACAAAGGCUCAACCUGGCUUUCAACAACUUCAGUGGGUCGUCCGUUUCAGCUGGGUUUGGUCGGUUCUCAAGCUUGACGCAUCUCAAUCUCUUCGACUCUAGAUUUUCAGGCCUAAUUUCACCAGAAAUCUCUCACCUCUCCAACUUGGUUUCACUUGAUCUCUCUUGGAAUAUUGACACAGAAUUUGCCCCGUAUGGCUUCAAUUCUCUGGUUCAAAAUUUAACCAAAUUGCAGAAACUUCACCUUGGAGAUCUCUCUGGCUGUGGAUUGCAUGGGAGAUUCCCUAACCAUGACAUUCAUCUUCCGAAACUCGAGGUUCUCAACUUAUUGGAAAAUAAUGAUCUCAAUGGAAACUUCCCACGAUUUAGUGAGAACAAUUCCCUCAAGGAAUUUUCUUGGGAUUGUGAUUCCAAUGGCAUCACUUCUUAUCCUAAAACAGAGUCUUGGAAUAAGGGUAGUGAUUGUUGCUCAUGGGAUGGGGUCACAUGUGAUAGGGUGACAGGCCAUGUAAUUAGGCUAGACCUCAGUUGCAGCUGGCUCUAUGGCACCAUCCAUUCCAAUAGUACCCUCUUCCUCUUUACCCACCUGCAAAGGCUCAACCUUGCUUUCAAUGACUUCAAUUACUCUUCUGUUUCCGCUGGGUUUGGCCGCUUCUCAAGCUUGACGUAUCUCAACCUCUCUGAAUCUUUAUUUUCAGGCCCUAUUUCACAUGAAAUCUCUCACCUCUCCAAGUUGGUCUCACUUGAUCUGUCUUGGAAUUCUGAUGCAGAAUUUGCCCCGCAUGGCUUUAAUUCUCUGGUUCAAAAUUUAACCAAAUUGCAGAAGCUUCACCUUGGAGGUAUUUCCAUCUCUUCAGUUUUUCCUAAUUCCUUGCUAAAUCGGUCUAAUUUGAUAUCAUUAGAUCUCUCUUUGUGUGGAUUGCAUGGGAGAUUCUCUGACCAUGAAAUUCAUCUUCCGAAACUCGAGGUUCUCAACUUAGAGGAAAAUGAUGACCUCAGUGGAAACUUCCCACGAUUCAGUGAGAACAAUUCCCUCAUGGAGUUGGAUUUAUCAUUCACAAAUUUGAGUGGAGAGCUUUCAGCCUCAAUUGGCAAUCUACAGUCUUUACAGACUUUGGAUCUCUCCGAUUGUGAAUUCUCAGGGUCCAUUCCUACUUCAAUUGGCAAUCUAAAGUCUUUAAAGACUUUGGAUCUCUCCGAUUGCGAAUUCUCAGGGUCCAUCCCUACUUCAAUUGGGUGUUCCAAGAUCAAAUCCCCAUUCAUGAGCCUAAGAAUCAUUGAUCUUGCUCACAAUGAUUUCGAGGGUGACUUGCCUGAAAUGUAUUUGAGAAGACAUAUCCCAUCAUCUUUUGGGAAUUUGAAGUUGCUUGAAUCAUUAGACCUCUCUUCAAACAAGCUCAUUGGGAGAAUUCCUCAAGAAUUAACAAGUUUGACAUUUCUCGAAGUUUUGAAUCUUUCCCAAAACCAUUUUACUGGAUUUAUACCUCGAGGUAAUCAGUUUGACACUUUUGGAAAUGAUUCAUACAAUGAGAACUCAGGGUUGUGUGGAUUUCCCUUGUCAAAGAAAUGCAUAAUUGAUGAAACACCGGAGUCUUCAAAGGAAGCGGAUGCAGAGUUUGAUGGUGGAUUUGAUUGGAAAAUCACAUUGAUGGGAUAUGGAUGUGGAUUGGUUAUUGGGUUGUCUCUUGGGUGUCUCGUUUUCUUAAUUGGGAAACCUAAACGGUUUGUUUGGAUUAUUGAAGAGAUUAUUCACAAAAAGAUCAAAAUGUAUAAAAGAAGCACUUGCAGGCAAGGAGUAAGAAGAAAUUAA